GGAGCAUCAACAAAACCACGUGACCAGCGAUGAGGAAGUUAGUUCUGAGGGGAAAGGAUGGGAGGGUAGCCGUCGUAACUUUUCCUUCACUGUGCGUGUGUUUCGGGGAUUCAGAAUGCCACACCUGGAGGUCGUUUCGUGUUUGAACCUCCUCUUCUUUCUUCAUGCCGUCGCCCCGUUUAAGCUCACCGGACAGCAGCAGUGGCCCGUUCCCUACAGGCGGUUUGAGCAUCGGCCUGCCGUGGACUCGUACUGCGAAGCCCUCUACCCGUUCUGCCCCACCGGAGACCGCGACGGACGCAUUCCUUACAUGAGGGACAGUGACAUUAUCUCGGUUUACAGGCUGCAGACGCCGGUGUGGGAAUUCAAGUACGGAGAUUUGCUGGGGAAACUGCACAUCAUGCAUGACGCCAUUGGCUUCAGCAGUUCAGAGAGCGGAGCCAACUACACCAUGGAGUGGUACGAGCUGUUUCAGUUGGGCAACUGCACCUUCCCCCACCUCAGACCGGACCAGUUCGCGCCUUUCUGGUGCAACCAGGGCGCCGCCUGCUUCUUCGAGGGCAUCGACGACUUGCACUGGCUGCAAAAUGGCACCCUGGAGAAAAUAGGGGAACUCAGCGGGAACCAGUUCAACGACAUGGCCCGCUGGAUCCAGGACGACAACGAGACCGGGAUCUACUACGAGACGUGGACGGUUCGCUCGGACCCCGGCCCCAACGCCACCGUGUGGUUCGAGUCCUACGACUGCUCGCAGUUCGUCCACCGCACCUACAGGAAGCUGAGCCAGCUGGGAGCGCGCCUGUCCAGCCGCUCGCAGACCAACUACACCAAGAUCUACCUGUACAGCGGGGAGCCCACGUACCUGGGCAACGACAGCUCCAUAUUCGGCCAGCCGGCCCUGAAAAACCUGGCCACGGCCAUCCGCCAGUUCUACCACCCUUUCAGGCCGCACCAGUCCUUCGCCGACUUCGCCGCCAGCCUGCUGGAGGCGUUCCAGAAGGUGGUGCUGGAGAAGAGCUUCUACCUCUACUACAACUUUGAGUACUGGCACCUUCCCAUGAAGCCUCCGUAUGUGCGGAUCACGUUCGAGGAGGUGCCUCUGCCUUAGCUUUCCACUCGACCGCUUUUGAAAUUGGUUUUAAUUUCUUUGUUUUUAUUUAAUGGUGAGAAACCAAAAAAGGAACAACGUGUCUCAUCCGGGGAAAUAAAAAGAUCUGGUGGAAUUAUAUCAGAUAGCCCAUCACCUCAAAGAAGCAAACUUUUGGUUAUGUCAGGUUUUGGUUGUUUCGGGUUCAUUUAGCCAACGGCUAAAUAUAUACGGCCGACACUCUUUACCAUUCCACCUCUAAGGCUAAAAUCAGGAUAACUGGUGUUCUAUGCGGGUUUGCACGAUGCUCUGCGAGAUAAACCCCUGAAUUUUCCUGGUUCCAAAAUAAUUUAGGCCAUCACAAGAAAACAAGGUUUGAAACCGGGGAAAAUGGGUAAAAUAACUCUUAAAAAACGUUCAAGGACUGGCGUUUCCUUGUCAAGGCUUGGAAUGACACCAGGGUACAGCUGCCCUGUAAGAUCACAUGACCCUCAUCAGCCUGGUCAAAACACACUGGGGAGAAAGUCUACAAACAUGUUCACAACAUAUGCCUCCUCGAAAAGAUUUUUGAGAUAAAAAACAGCGUCUGUGUUUUGAAGCCUGCGGUCUCUGACAGCACGACAAAGACACAACAAUCUCAAAUGAAACAUAUUUUGUAAAAGAAAACUGAUAUGAAAGUCUAACAUAAAAAAAACACAAAAAUUAUCGUUUGACUUUGUUGUUCGUGUGUUGGGUCCCUUCUGUUGAAGCUCCAAUCUAAAGCCGAUAUAAGCUAAAGCCUCACUUAAUGCCUUCGAUUGUAGAAAUAUUACUGGAAGACCAUGUGGGAUGGAUACAAUCCACAAACUGAUGGAGAUCAUUGGCUUGAAUGCCCCCAAAAAGCUACUAAAUGAACCAGUAUUGAGAAUACUUCAUAUUUAUGGAGCAUGAUAGUCCAUGAUAGAAUAAAAGGAUAUCCUUCUCUGAACUACUGGUUCUCCGUAAUAGGCUUUUGUUGGAAAGCUCGUCUGGAAGAUGAGCAAAUAUUUAAGAUAGUGGGAAUGUUCUUAAGUGUUGAAGAAAAUUGCUCAACAUCAUGACUUACAUUUCUGUUCAUAAAUAUCCUUAGAGGCCUCUGACUUACAUUUCAACUCUUAAAAUAAAAUCUUGGCCUGUGAUCCA